AUAAAGUUGACACAUGAUUCAAAGUUAAUACAGUUGUCUGUUAUUAUAACCUUAAAAUGUCAACUGGCGGUAAAUAAUAUUUAUAUUUAUUCAUUGAAUUAUAGCUUAUUCCCUCAACCCAUGACAUGGAAACAAUACAUUGGAAGCAGUUAUGGCGCUGGGUGUCAUCACAGACCCUUACAAAAGAAGAACUCACAUUAGUUUUGAACAAAAAUGUUUUGGAAGCCUUGGGUCAGGGGCUAGCCAGUUACAAACCACACAAGACUGAAACUUUUUCACAACUCCAAGCUAAGCAGCCUAAACAAACUAAGCUCCUAAGUAUAGUGCAAACACUACAGAACUAUAUUGAUGUUGAUUCAUUUCAAAUAUGGGAAAUUCUGAAGCAUUAUCUGUGUGAUAUAUCAUACGGUACUCCUGCUAACGCAUUAAAAAAUGUAGCAUUUGUGGAUACAAGACCAGCAUUCCUACUUCCGAAUGCAUGGAACUUUUAUUAUUCAGAGCGAUUAUUCCUUCUUAAGCUUCUGCAGAACAUUGUUGAAUUCAAGAGUGAUCAAAAUCACAAAUACCAUGAAGUUUUCAAGAAAAUAAUUGACACUAUCGGUAUUGAUAACUUAAAAACCUCUCUAAUUUCACAAUUCGAAAAGGUUUUAUCAGCAUCACCUCCUCCUAGAAGAAUUCAGAAUGAUUUUGGCAAUGACACCAUAAGACAAGACUGGGCCCAAUAUAACUUAAAGGAACAACUGGUCAUCCUACAGAUCAUUCAGCUUAUAGCCAAUGAGCACUCUAUUACAGAGACAGAAUUCAUAGAUUUAUUCAAAUUGUUUAGAAAACACAACUUUGCAAAAAAUCAAGGUUACAACGAUGUAAUCGAUGAAAGUCACCGGGAAGCAUGCUUGAGAGUUAUGUAUAUGGAAGUCAGUUUAUUUACAGUAAUUAUUAAUGGAGCUAAAAUCAAGAACAAAUCAUCAUGGAUAGAUAAGACAAAGGAAAGGGUAGAAUGUGAGUUGACAAAAUUGGAGCCCAGUGUGGAACAUAGCCUUAUGUUGAUCACUUGGAUGAUGUUCACUUUGCAGAGUGAAUCACAUGCAAAGUUAUUUGAAACUCAAUACCAUAACUACGGUUCCACGGCUCUCAAGAUGAGAGUAUUCGAGUUCGUUAAACAGAUGUUGAACAAUUCGGUUUUUUCUGACGGAUCCAAAUGUGCUUUGAUAUUCCGUUUGAGAAUAUUCCAACUAUUGAAUGAGCUGUGCGAUAAGUUCGAUGGGGACGGCACAUUGAGUCACCAGCCCGGUAUUAUGAGUUUGUGUUCCGACCUCUUGAGAACUCCGGUCAUCGCUGAACAGUUCUGGAUGUUGAAUCAAAAGGAAGAUGUGUUUGGCGUUAUAUCAGUAUGGAACACCGCUUUAGAGUACUUUCCAUAUAAUUUCAGCGCUCUAUCCAUUUUGUCAGCGGGACUGGCUGAAGCUGGGAAGGAUAGUGUUAGAAAUUUAAUAGCGGAACUCAAAAAUCUGCCUGUGUACACCGAGAUCUUCAAACCCAACGAGUUACCCAUAAUGUUGCAAGCUGACGAUGCGAUCAUCGGUCGGGAGUAUUAUCCUCUAGGAAACCAGACGUACAGAAUAGACACGGGCUCAAAGGCUACCAUCAUGGAGAGGAAAGACAACACCAUGAUACAUUUCCGGACACCGUACUCGUACUGGACGAUAUUCAACAACGAAAUAGAAAAGGCUUUGGACCGGAAACAGAGCCACCAGAACAUUAAUGUCACAUUGGAACGCGUGUACGAAGGAACGAAGGUUUUGAGAGCCGUUUUAAACACAUUGGCCGGCAGUAAAGAAAUUCCCAAAAAUCUAGUUGCGCCAAGCGAAGGAGUGUUCGAUGUUUUGGUUAGAUUCAUGAGAUCAGAGGCGCCGCCGCUGCCUCUCCUGGUGGAAUGUCUCCACGUUUGUACAUCUAUAGUACCAGUAUUUCCUAAAGAAGUUCAUUUGAGACUUAUCAAUACGGGUCUAUUACCUCGCCUAACAAAUUCCCAGCUAUCUGCCGAGCAGUAUUCCUCAGGAACGUCUUUAGAUUCAGCAGCUGUUGGUUCCUACUUGAUCACUAUGGAACAACCCACAGGAACAUAUAGCUUCUUGGGCGCCUACAUUGAUAUGCUCUGUGCUUUUCAUGAGGCAUCUGAGGACGACCGUAUAAUACUGGAGAUCAUUCUACCUGGUCUGGUGGUCAUCUGUCGCGAAGUGUUCCCCAACGUUAGCGGCUGGAGAUACGUCAACACCAGUGAAAGAAGAACCCUCAUACAAAAAUGCGCCAAAUUCCUGACUCUAAUACUACAAAACACGGGAACGAAACCCAGCGUCAUGUUGCUGAGACAGACGUGUGUUUAUAGUCUCACACACACCGAGAACGCUUUGGAAUUACUAAAGAUAGUUUCCAUCGGCAACGAGCGUUUGGAGCGACAAAUUCAAAACGACACGAAUUGGAUAUCCGGUCCGAGCUACCAGUACACGUUCACUCUUCAGAGGUGUAUCGCCAUCGUGAUGUUCGCGCUGAAGCAGAAGACGUUAGUGAGCGCUGAGAGUGACGUCACUCCUAUAGAACAUUUGAUAUUCGCUCAGAACAAACAUAAAGACGAACUCAAAGUAGUGCCCAAGGUCACCAGUUACAUCAACCACGCCUUCAACAAAAGCCUGUCCGUGUUGAGCUGCCGGCUGUUGAAGAGAUUCGCUGAUGGCUUCCAAAUGUCUUUGUUCGCGUCGUUGGACAUGACCGCUUACCACGUGAGGGUUAUGUUCCUAGACAGGUUGAGGGACGAGUAUGAAACACUCGAACUGAAGAUUUCUAUCUUAGAAUUCGUAGCGACGUGUAUAGGAAAACAACCGGGGCUCACCGAGGCCUUCUUCAUGAUGAACUACGAGAAGACCAAUGACGGUGAAGAAAAUAAGGACAAAAAGGAAACGGAAACUAAAGAUAAGCCCAUUACGGAUGAGAGCUUCGAGGGCAUUUUAGGCUACAUGGCUGAUUAUCUGGGUACAGUCAAAGCUGACGCUAAGUUACUCCACAGUCCCCUGUUAGCGUGCAUGAUGGCUUUGUUUCAUGCGAUUUGGAAAAAUAAUAUGCAAAUUCUUGUCAAGAAAUUAAGAGAACAUCCGAAGUUUUGGGAGCAUAUGACCAGUCCUCUGUUCAGCGAAAUACAGCCGGGGCUACGGACUUAUGCUCAAAUAUUCAACGUGCUCGGCAUAGAACUUUUCGCGUCUCGAGGAAAACUCGAAGCGAACUUAAGAGAAAUGCUAGAGCAGUUCUUUGACACCAAUAAAAGGCACUUGGACAUCUGGAUAGACUACAUAUUUUCUUUCAAGGGAAGGUUCGACGAGCAGGAGUUGGUGGACAAAGUCCCCGUGUGGCUCGGACUUCUCACUUCGUGGAAGGAUUUCACUACAAUUUUCUGCAAAUGUCUACCAAUCAGCCUGAAUAUCGCUCACAAGGCGAAAAUGGUGGCGCCCUGCAUGAACGCUCUGUUGAACGAAUUGGACGAUCUGAAAGACGGAAGAUUAGUCGUCAUUUUAGCUGAGCUGUACGUCAUAAUGCUGGCCAAUUGGAAAGACGACUGCUUCGAUAACCGUAAGACCAGCGCGAAGCAAGUCGAUAAUCUGCUCACGAACACCGCCAUUGUCUAUGAAUGUCUACAUCCCCGAGCCAUCCGCGCGAUAUUAUCCAUAGGGACUGUCGCCAUCAGCAGUCUCGACUAUGAGAUCAAAGCGAACAGCGUCAUCGCACAGAGCAUCAUACGGUCGGUGACGAACAUAAACAGCCUGGAGCUGGAAAAGCUGUUGGAUGACGUAAGGGAUAAUAAAAAAGAUGAAGCCAAAAGUGACGACCAGUCGCACGAAAUACCACCCAUCGUCCUCUCCCUGGCGAUGCUGGAACAGUGUCUGGACUUGUACGACGACAUGUUCACGGGACUCUCGCAAUGGUUUCAAUCGACGAAGUUUGUAAACAAGCUGCUGUGUUGUUUACAGAUUUGUUUACAAAACAGGCGUCACUAUCAAACGUCACUGGCGGCGCUGAGGUGUUUAACCUCGUAUUCGAGGGGACCUUUCUCCAAGGACUUGCUCAUGAGCGACGUAGACCAAUUCCUUUGGAUGCAGUUGCUGCCACCGAGGAUAGAGAGCAAUACCAACAGCAACGGGCCGGCCGGCUGGAAGGUCCAGGAGUGGUGGCGAGUGUACGGGUAUAGCUUGGAUUUCAUAUCGAUGACGUUGAUGAAGCACGGCCAGUUCUUCGCGGGAGACGCCAUCACCUUCGUGGGAGUUCAUCUCGAGCACUUGGUAGAAGCGGUGCUUCUGCCGCGUCAGGUCAACGACCUAGACGCCCUGAACUUGUGCGCCUCCACACUGAACCUUGUUGUCCAGUUGGUGAAAUUUGAAAAUAGAUGGCGUAUUGAAAAUAUGAAUUCUUUGAUCGGAAUUAUGCGCAGCACUAGUGCGUGUCUGCAGCAGUGCGUUAUGUUACUCUUACGAGCUCGUCGCCCGCCCGACCCCGCAACCCCACACCCCUCUCUGACCCCUCAGGUCGCAGCGACCCCGACCCCCUUACACUCUUCACUCACCCCACACCCCUUAAUGACCCCACACCCCUCAACGAUCGCAAACAACGAAGACGCGCCAGCACACCUCCACAGAGUGCUGGAGAUCCUCCACAUGGCGACUCUGUGCCUCCUCGCGUUCAGCCCCGACCUGUUGUCGCUCCUCGCCGACCCUGUGAUGGACCUCGAGCGCUGGCAGCCGGUCGUCGAGCUGCAUUUCGGAGCCCCAAAAAUCUCCCACGAGCAAUUCCCUCAGCUCACCUUCGGGACCAUUCUCUCGGCUAUCUGUUUGCUCACGAAAUCAUUGAAUCAUGUGUAUCAGUCGGAGGAGGGUGGGGGCGCUCGUUCUCCCCGAGGUCGUCGGCGCGCGUGCUCGUGUGCCGGCAGUCCUGCCGACCGUCGCGCGGCCCGCAGCGAGUCAGCUGGCAGCAUCUCGUCCGCGGCAAGUGCUCUGCCCGCCACCAGCGAGAGACUGGUCGCCGGAGCGCUAGAGGCCACUGUCACGUUGCUCGCCUCACAGGCUCUGUUAGCUGUCCGCGACCCUAACGUUCCCGGACGGCACAAGCAACUCGUCCGCCGAGAGCUGGCCUCCGAGCUGACGGUCUUCCACGAUUUCGUUCGCAAGCGGAUCCUGUGCGCGGCUCACACGCGACCACAUCUCGUACGGAACAAGCUAGGGGCGUGGCCUCUCGCGGCCAACGAUGAGGAGGUCAAGAGGAUCGAAGAGGUCAGGAAAGUUAGAGAUCCGUGUCUCUAUGUUGAAGACACGUCCCUGCCGCCUCCGCCGCCGCCGAAGAGAUCCACCCACGACUCGAUGAGGGAGUACAUCCUCCGGAAGCAUUAUUUGGACAAGUGUGCCCAAACUCCUACGAAGGAACCUCCAUCGCCCGUGUCUCACUCCACUCCGACGUCUGACAAGAAGAAAGAUACUUCGAGAAGUUCUAAGCGCGUGUCCUGGGCCGAAACUACGAGGAGCGAUGACUCCUUGACCAGCUCCCUCCAGGAAACCGAUCCCGUGUACUCCAACUUGACCGAUGUCCAAAUCAAUAAUGAUGAAGAUUAUUUUCAUUUCAUGUCCAUAGUAUUCCUUUACAUCUGUCAGAGCGAGCUGUAACUUUGUGAUAAUUUGUAAGCGUUCAAUAAAUCUUUUCAAUUUU